AUGUUAGUAAAUAUAAAAAGCAUCUUAUGGAUGUGCUCAACCUUAAUAGCAACUCAUGCACUACAUAAAGUCAAAGUGGAUAAAAACCCACCUGUUAAGGGCUCCCUCUCUGGAAAAGUCAGCCUACCUUGUCAUUUUUCAACCAUGCCUACCUUACCACCCAGUUACAACACCAGUGAAUUUCUCCGAAUCAAAUGGUCCAAGAUCGAAGAGGACAAAAGUGGAAAAGAUUUAAAAGAGACUACUGUUCUCGUGGCCCAAAAUGGGAAUAUCAAGAUUGGUCAGGAUUACAAAGGGAGAGUGGCAGUGCCCACGCAUCCCGAGGACGUGGGCGACGCCUCCCUCACCAUGGUCAAACUGCGUGCCAGCGACGCGGGCCUCUACCGCUGUGAUGUCAUGUAUGGGAUUGAAGACACACAAGACACAGUGUCGCUGGCUGUGGAAGGGGUUGUGUUUCACUAUAGGGCUGCAACCAGCAGGUACACUCUGAAUUUUGAGAAUGCUCAGAAGGCUUGUGUGGAUGUUGGGGCGGUCAUAGCAACCCCAGAGCAGCUCUUUGCCGCCUAUGAAGAUGGAUUUGAGCAGUGUGAUGCAGGCUGGCUGUCUGAUCAGACUGUUAGAUAUCCUAUUCGGGCUCCCCGAGAAGGUUGUUAUGGAGAUAUGAAUGGGAAGGAAGGAGUCAGGACCUACGGAUUUCGUGCUCCUCAGGAAACUUACGAUGUGUAUUGUUACGUGGAUCAUCUGGAUGGUGAUGUGUUUCACAUCACUGCUCCCAUUAAAUUCACCUUUGAGGAGGCUGCAGAAGAGUGUGAAAACCAGGACGCCAGGCUGGCGACGGUGGGGGAGCUCCAAGCGGCUUGGAGGAACGGCUUUGACCAGUGCGAUUACGGGUGGCUGUCGGACGCCAGCGUACGCCACCCUGUGACUGUGGCCAGGGCCCAGUGUGGAGGUGGUCUACUUGGGGUGAGAACCCUGUAUCGUUUUGAGAACCAGACAGGCUUCCCUCCCCCUGAUAGCAGAUUUGAUGCCUACUGCUUUAAACCUAAACAGAAUAUAUCAGAGGCUACAACCAUCGAAUUGAAUAUCCUCGUGGAAACUACAUCUUCCAGUUUAUCCAAAGAACCACAAAUGGUACCUGACAGAACUACACCAAUUAUCCCUUUAGUCAGUGAAUUACCUAUCAUUACAACAAAGUUCCCCCCUGUGGGAAGUAUAGUAGACUUUGAACAGAAAGCUACAGUCCAACCUCAGGCUGUCACACACAGAUUAGCCACUGAAUUACCUACCCCUGCUGGGAGUACCAAGAAGACUUGGGAUAUGGACUACUACUCACCUUCUGCUUCAGGACCAUUUAGAAAGCCAGACAUACCUGAAAUUAAGGAAGACAUGCUCCAAAGUACAACUGUCUUCUCUCAUCAUGCUACUGAUUCAUGGAAUGAUGUUAUGGAAGAUACGCAAACUCAAGAAUCAGUUACACAGAUUGAACAAAUAGAAGUGGGUCCCUUGGUAACAUCUAUGGAAGUCUUAAAGCACAUUCCUUCCAAGGAAUUCUCUGUGACCAAAACACCAUUUGAACCUACAAGAAUGACUCUGGAAUCCAAAACUGGAAAGAAAACAGUAAGCACUAUUUCUGAAUUGGUAACCACAAGUCGCUAUGGAUUCACCUUGGGAGAAGAUGACGGUGAAGACAGAACACUUACACUCAGAUCUGGUCAGAGCAUUUUGGUCUUUAGCCAAAUACCUGAAGUCAUUACAGUGUCGAAGACUUCAGAAGACACCACCCGCAUUCAACUAGAGGACUUGAAGUCCGUCUCAGCAUCCACAGUUGUUUCACCUGUAACUGUGCCUGACAGUGAUGGAUCCUCCAUGGACAACUGGGAAGAGAAACAAACUGACGGCAGGAUAACCGAAGCCUUUUUUGGCCAGUAUCAGUCUACUACACCUUUUCCAUCACAGCGUCAUACAGAAGUAGAAUUGUUUCCUUAUUCUGGUGAUAAAAUAUUAGUACAGGGAAUAUCCACAAUUAUUUAUCCCUCUCCACAAGCAGAAAUGACACAAGGAACAGAAAGAACAGAAACACUAAGACCAGAGGUGACAACAGAUGCUUAUACAGAUUAUGAAAUACAGGAAAAGAUCACUAAAUAUCCAUUUAUAGGAAAAACAGAAGAAGAAGUCUUCUCUGGAGUGAAGCUCUCUACAUCUUUCUCAGAGCCAAUUCAUUUUACAGAGUCUUCUGUGGAAAUGACCAAAUCUUUUGAUUUGCCAGCACUGACAACAACAAAGUUAAGUGUGGAACCAACAGAAGCGAGAGAUGUGGAGGAAGACUUCAUGACAACUCUGACUGGACUAGAAACUGAUGAAGAUAUUACAACAGUGCCUUUGACUCACAGUACUUUAAGUGCAGAGGUGGUUGCUGUAUCAAAAUGGUCAUGGGAUGAAGACAGUACAACAUCAAAGCCUUUCGAGUACACAGAACAUGCAGGCUCUCCAAAACUGCCUCCUGCUUUACUCACCACUAUGGGAGUGAAUGGAAAGGAUAAAGAAAUCCCAGGUGUCACUGAAGAUGGAAGAGAUGAAUUUACUCUUAUUCCCGAUAGUACUCAAAAGCCGUUAGAGAAGGUUCCUGAGGAAGACUUAAGAGACCAUGGGAAAUUCACAGUUAGAUUUCAGCCAACUACAUCAACUGGUAUUUCAGAAAAGUCAACUUUGAGAGAUUCUACAACUGAAGAAAGACUUGCAUCUAUCACAAGCACAGAAGGCCGGGUUGUUUAUGCAGCCACAGAAGGAAGUGCUUUGGACGAAGGAGAAGAUGUGGACGUCUCUCAGCCAGUAUCUACUGUCCACCAAUUCAUACAUACUUCAGAUGUGGAAAGAUUGGCAUUUGUUAAUUAUAGUAGCACCCGGAAGCCUACUACUUAUGUAGACACUUCCCAUACCACUCCUCUUUCUGUAAUUCCCAAGGUAGUGUUAGUAUCUACUGUUCCAUCAGAAGGUGAAAUUCUAGGUGAACCCUCUCAAGACAUACGUGUCAUUGAUCAGACUCACCUUGAAGCAACUAUUUCUCCUGAAACUAUGAGAACAACAGAAAUCACACAGGGAACAACUCAGGAAGAACUCCUUUGGAAAGAACAGACUACGGAGAAACCAGUUCCUGCUCUCAGUUCUACAGCUGGCACCCCCAAGGAGGCGACACCACCACUAGAUGAACAAGAGGGCAUUGGAUCCGUAUAUACAGUCUCUGAAGAUAGAUUGGUCACGAGUUCUGAGAGGGUCCCAGUUUCAGAAACAACUCCAGUUGGAAAAAUUGAGUACAGUAUGUCUUAUCCACCUGGUGCUGUAACUGAGCACAAAGCAGAACUGGAUGAAGUGAUAACACAAACACCAAGCAUCAGGCCAAAAGUAUCUUUAAGUCCAGGGCCUGAACAAAAAUAUGAAACAGAAGAGAGUAGUCCAACAGAAUUUGUAUCACCUUUGAGUCCUUUCAGUACCCAUGUUACCCAGCUUAUAGAGGAAACCACUACUGAGAAAAGAGAGAAAACAUCCCUAUAUCAUACUGAUCUAGGCUCAGGAUUAUUUGAAAAGCCCAAAGCCACAGAACUCCCAGGAUUUUCAACAAUUAAAGCCACAGUUCCAAGUGAUACCACUGCUGCCUUCAGUUCAGUAGACAGACUUCACACAACCUCAGCAUUCAAGCCGUCUACAGCAUCCACUGAGAAACCACCUCUCAUUGACAGGGAGCCUGGUGAAGAAACAACCAGUGACUUGGUGAUCAUUGGAGAAUCAACAUCUCAUGUUCCUCCCACAGCACUGGAUGAUAUCGUACCUAAGGAAACAGAAACCGAUAUUGAUAGAGAGUAUUUCACAACUUCAAGUACACCUGCUGCUGCACAGCCAACAAGACCACCCCCAAGGGAAGGCAAAGAGGACUUUGGAACUCAGGCCCUUUCGACUCCACAACCCCCAGAGGGGACAAAAGUCCACCCUGACAUAAAUAUUUUUAUUAUUGAGGUCAGAGAAAACAAGACAGGUCAAAUGAGUGAUUUGAGUGUAAUUGGUCAUCCAAUAGAUUCAGAGUCUAAAGAAGAUGAACCUUGUAGUGAAGAAACAGAUCCAGAGCACGAUCUAAUUGCUGAAAUUUUACCUGUGUUACCUGAGUUCAUUGAAAUAGAUAUAUACCACGGUGAAGAAGACGAAGAGGAAGAUGAAGAGUGUGCCAAUGCCACUGACGUAACGACCACCCCAUCAGUGCAGUACAUAAACGGGAAACAUUUAGUCACCACAGCACCCAAGGACCCCGAAGCCGCAGAAGCUAGGCGUGGCCAGUUUGAAAGUGUCGCACCUUCUCAAAACUUCUCAGACAGCUCUGAAAGUGAUACUCAUCAGUUUUUAAUAGCUGAAAAGGAAUUGUCUACUGCCGUGCAACCUAAUGAAUCUAAAGAAUCAAGUGAAUUGCUUGAAAUGACCUGGAAGCCUGAGACUUAUCCUGAAACGCCAGAACCUUUUUCAGGUGGUGAGCCUGAUGUUUUCCCCACAGUCCCAUUCCGUGAGAGAGAAGCCACAGAAGGGACAGAAUCAGUCACGGAGAGAGGUCCUGAACUUGGUAAUCUGGUGCAUACACAUACUAAACCUGUACCUGUGUCACCUGAAGAGUCUUCAGGAGAGGCUGCCAUUGACCAAGAGUCUCAGAAGAUAGUCUUUUCAAGGGCUCCAGAAGAAACAUUUGGUGAAGAGACAGAAAAAUAUACUUCUACCACAUAUACUCCCAGUACAGUUCCAAGAUCUGUGUCUGUGUAUGUUCCAGAGGAAGGGUCCGUAACGCUAGUAGAAAAUCCACGGCCUGAUGACCCAUUGUCUACCGUAGGAAGCUCAGUAGAAAUAAUUCCUAGACAAAUUGUAGAGCUCUCAGGGAGUUCUUCAAUUCCAAUUCCAGAAGCCUCUGGGGAAGCAGAAGAAUAUAAAGAUAAAAUGUUCACCGUGGUAACUGAUUUACCACAGAGAAAUAUUACAGAUAGACUCAUUACUUUAGACACUAGCGAGAUCAUGAUCGCAGAAAGCCUUUUUCAUGUUCCUGCCACCACCAUUUAUCCGGUUUCUGAACAACCUUCUGCAGAAGUGAUGCCUACUAAAUUCGUAAGUGAAACAGACACUUCCCAGUGGGUUGUCAAUACAUCUCUUGAGGGAGAGAAAAGGAAAGAGGAGGAGGAGGGAACUACAGGUGCAGCUUCUACAGUUGAGGUACAUUCACCCACACAGGGAUCAGAUCAAUUAAUUCUACCCUCUGGAUUAGAAAGUUCAAAUGUAGCUACAGCUAUCGACUCAGCAUCUGCUACCAGGGAAAGUUUUAUGUCCUUGCCAACCCCCACACAGUCUGAAAGGGAAGCGACAAGUUCUACUCUUGCCUUUACAAAGACAAAUAUUUUAGUUAAUUUGGGGCCACAGACCACUGAGUGCAGUGGUAGCAGUCAGCUCGGGGCUCAGGUAGGGUUGACCACUCCCCCAGGCAGCCCUGUCUCUCUCUUCAUGGAGCAGGGAUCUGGAGAAGCUGCUGCUGACCCAGAAACUGCCACUGUUUCUUCAUUUUCAUUAAAUUUAGAGUCUGAAAUUCAAACCAAAAAAGCAGCAGCUGGCACUUUGUCUUCCCCUGUGGAAACUACAUUCUCCUCUGAACCAAUGGGACAAGUUUUGAGUACUGUGAUGGAAGGAGAAGUUUCUGAAAUUAUAAGCCAAACGUCCAAGGAAAAAUUGAUUUCAGAGAUAUCAGGAGAGCCAAAUCAUGGGGCAGAAAUCACAAGCUUUUCUACAGGUUUUCCUUUGGAGGAAGAUUUCAGUGGUGACUUUAAAGAAUACUCAACAAUAUCUUAUCCCAUAACAAAAGAAGAAACAGCAAUGUUGGAAGGCUCUGGGGGUGCAGCAUUUAGGGAUACCCAGAUUUCAGGGUCUACAAUACCUACUUCAAUCAAUAGCAAACCUGACUCAGAAGGACCUGGUAGCACCUUGGUCAGCACUUCAGCCUUCCCUUGGGAAGAGUUCACAGCCUCAGCUGAGGGUUCAGGUGAGCAGCUGGUCACAGUCAGCAGCUCUGUUGACCCAGGGCUUCUCAGUGCUGUGGGAAACUUUUCUGGUACAGAGUCCCCAUUUAUUGACCAAGGAUUGGAAGAAGUGGAUGCUGUCAAUGAAGCUGAUGAAAGAUUCACCAUUUUACCAACAGCAGAAGCUAAAGCUACUAAAGUUCCAAGAGAAAAGGAGGAAGUGAAGGUCGAUGGCACAAUUUCAAUGGGCUUUUCCCAAACUAUGGAGCCAGCCAAAUUAUGGUCCAGGCAAGAAGUCAGUCCUGUAACACAAGGGAGGGAAAGUGAGGCAGCAUCAGAGGAAAAGAUUCAGGAGCAAAAGUCUUUUGAAUCCCUCCGAAGCUCUCUUGCACCAGAACAAACAAUUUUUGAUUCACAAACAUUUACUGAAACUGAACUCCAAACCACAGAUUAUUCUAUACUAACAACAACAAAAACUUACAGUACUGAUAUGGAAGUGGAGGAAAAAGGCAUUUCCUUAGUUAACAUGUCUAUUCCAGAUCCAGAUGAAAAGCACUUGGAAUCAUAUACUACUCUCCCUGAAGCAACUGAAAAAUCACAUUUAUUUUUAGCUACCACCAUAGUGACUGAAUCUAUAUCAGCUGAAAAUGUAGACACAGAUUCAUCAAUCAAAAAGGAAGAAAGCAUAAAACCCUUUCACAAAGGUAUGAGACCAACAAUUAAAGAGUCAGAUGCUGAUCUCUUAUUCUCUGGACUGGGAUCAGGAGAAGAAGUUUUGCCUACUCUACCUACGGUGUCAGUGAAUUUUACUGAAAUGGAACAAAUCAGUAGCACAUUAUAUCCCCAGACUACUCAAGUGGAAAGUUUAGAAACAAGCAUCUUAAGUGAUAUAACUGAAGACCAUGAGAGAAUGGGAAAUGUUGCAAAUGAGGUCAGAUUGCUCAUUUUCAAAACAGACAACACCUCUGCAGGUAGUGAGGGGGCAUCCAGCACAACCUUCAUAGAAAUUCUAAGUGACACUGGAGCAGAAGGACCCACUACGGCACCUCUCCCUUUCUCCACAGACACUGGAUAUCCUCAAAAUCAGACUCUCAGAUGGGCAGAAGAAAUCCAGACUAGUAGACCACAAACUGUAACUGAACAAGUCUCUAAUAAGAAUCCUUCAAUGGCAGAAACUAAGGAAACAGCAACUUCUACUGAUUUUCUGGCUAGAACUUAUGGUUUUGAAACAGCCAAAACAUUUGUUACAUCAGCACCAAAACCAUCUGACUUGUUUUAUGAACAUUCUGGAGAAGAAUCUGGAGACUUGGAUAUUACUGAUUUAGUCCACACUUCUGGAACUACUCAGGCAACCAGGCAAGGAAGCACCACAUUUGUUUCUGAUACAGCCUUGGAAAAACAUCCUGAAGUGCCAAGUGCUAAAGCUGUUACUGCUGAUGGAUUCCCAACAAUUUCAGUGGUGCUGCCUCUUCAUUCAGAGCAGAAUGAAAGCUCCUCCGAUCCAGCUAGCACACUGUCAAAUACCAUGUCAUAUGAAAGGUCCACAGAAGGUGCUGCAGGUAGUUUCCAAGACCAUUUCAGAGGAUUCGAGGAUUCCACUUCAAAACCUAGCAGAAGAAAAGCCACUGAAAAUAUUAUUAUAGAUCUGGACAAAGAGGACAAGGAUUUAAUACUGACAGUAACAGAGAGUACCAUCCUUGAAAUCCUACCUGAAUUGACAUCAGAUAAAAAUACUAUCAUAGAUAUUGAUCACACCAAACCUGUGUAUGAAGACAUCCUUGGAAUGCAAACAGACAUAGAUCCAGAGGUACCAUCAGGGUCACCUGGCAGUAACGAAGACAGCACUCACGUUCAAGAGAAGUAUGAGGCAGCUGUUAACCUUUCUUUAACUGAGGAAGCAUUUGAGGGCUCUGGUGAUACUCUUCUGGUUGGCUAUGCUCAGGUGACAUAUAAUGAAUCAAUGACUUCUGAAGACAGAAGCCAAUUAGAUCACGUGGGAUUUGACUUCACAACUGGGAUCCUUGUUCCUAGCACUGAAACAGAAUUAAAUAUUUUACUUCCCACAGCAACAUCCCUGCCCAUUCCUAGUAAAAGUGCUACAGUUAAUCCAGAGAUUGAAGGACCAAAAAUUGAAGCAAAAGCCCUGGAUGACAUCUUUGAAUCAAGCACUUUGUCUGAUGGUCAAGCUAUUGCAGAUCAAAGUGAAGUAAUAUCAACCCUGGGCCAUUUGGAAAGGACACGGGAGGAAUAUGAAGAAAAGAAUUAUGUAGGUCCUUCUUUUCAGCCAGAAUUCUCUUCAGGAGCUGAGGAGGCACUGAUAGAUCAUACUCCUUAUGUAAAUGUUGGUAGUAUCGACGUUACACCUAAUGUGAUGGAAGGAACCAAUUCUCCAUAUCACACUGAUACAACAGCAGUUUCAGCGUUUGCAAAGUUGUCCUCUCAGACACCAUCAUCUCUACUCACAAUUUACUCAGGCAGCGGAGCCUCUGAACAAACAGAGGUUCCCCAGCUAAGUGCUCUGCCAGGUACAGAUGCCAGCUCAUCUCAGAUGUUUCCAGAUGAUUCUUUCAAGGAAGUUCAUGCAAAUAUUGAAGCAACUUUCAAACCAUCAAAUGAAGAAUACUUUCACGUAACCGAGCCUCCAUCCUCAUCUCCUGAUGCAGAAUUAGAACCUUCAGAAGAUGAAAGUAAACCUAAGUUAUUAGAAGAAAUGGAAGCUUCUCCCACAGAACUAAUGGCUGAGGAAGGAACGGAGAUUCCCCAAGAUUCCCAAAACAAAACCGGUGGUCAACUUUCUGGAGAAACAAUCACAGUGUUUACCAGUAUUAGAACACCCGAGGCUGGCAUUGUUAUUACAGAUGGCAGUGAAAUUAAGUUAGAAGGUGCUACGCAGUGGCCACAUUCUACUUCUGCUGCUGUGACUUAUGGGGAAGAGGCAGGUAUCUUGCACAGCCCAUGGACUUCUGAGAGGCCCACUAUUCCUUCUUACUCUCUGGAAAUAAAGCCUGAAACACAAGCAGCUUUAAUCAGAGGAGAGGAUUCCACAGUAGCAGCAUCAGGACAGCAAGUAUCAGCGAGAAUUCUUGAUUCCAAUAAUCAGGCAACAGUAAGCACUUCAGAAUUAAAUACUGAGCUUGCAACACCACCAUUUUCCCUUCUGGAAACUUCUAAUGAAACCGAUUUCCUGAUUGGCAUUAAUGAAGAGUCAGUGGAAGACACAGCAAUUUAUUUGCCAGGACCUGAUCAUUGCAAAACGAACCCAUGCCUUAACGGAGGCACUUGUUAUCCUACUGAAACUUCCUAUGUCUGCACCUGUGUGCCAGGAUACAGUGGAGAUCAGUGUGAACUUGAUUUUGAUGAAUGUCACUCUAACCCCUGUCGGAAUGGAGCCACCUGCGUUGAUGGUUUUAAUACAUUCAGGUGCCUCUGCCUUCCGAGCUAUGUUGGUGCACUUUGUGAACAAGACACCGAGACGUGUGACUAUGGCUGGCACAAAUUCCAAGGGCAGUGCUACAAAUACUUCGCCCACCGACGCACAUGGGACGCGGCUGAACGGGAAUGCCGUCUGCAGGGCGCCCAUCUCACGAGCAUCCUGUCUCAUGAAGAACAAAUGUUUGUGAAUCGUGUGGGCCAUGAUUAUCAGUGGAUAGGCCUCAAUGACAAGAUGUUUGAGCAUGACUUCCGUUGGACUGAUGGCAGCACACUGCAAUAUGAGAACUGGAGGCCCAACCAGCCAGACAGCUUCUUUUCUACAGGAGAAGAUUGUGUUGUAAUCAUUUGGCAUGAGAACGGCCAGUGGAAUGAUGUUCCCUGCAAUUACCAUCUCACCUACACCUGCAAGAAAGGAACAGUUGCUUGCGGCCAACCCCCUGUUGUAGAAAAUGCCAAGACCUUUGGAAAGAUGAAACCUCGUUAUGAAAUCAACUCCCUGAUCAGAUAUCACUGCAAAGAUGGUUUCAUUCAACGCCACCUUCCAACUAUCCGGUGUCUGGGAAAUGGAAGAUGGGCUAUGCCUAAAAUCACCUGCAUGAACCCAUCUACAUACCAAAGGACUUAUUCUAAGAAAUACUUUAAAAAUUCCUCAUCAGCAAAGGACAAUUCAAUAAAUACAUCAAAACAUGAACAUCGUUGGAGCCGGAGGUGGCAGGAGUCAAGGCGCUGAUCCGUACAAUGGCGAACAUUGGUUUUCAUCAUUUCAGCCAAAGUCCUAACUUCCUGUGCCUUUCCUAUCACCUCAAGAAGUAUUAUCAGUUGGUUUGGAUUU